AGCACAUGUGAAUGUCCGCCGGUCUGCCAGCGCACUCCCCGGCGGCGCUGGUGAUGCCAUGCCCCGCAGUCACACCGGCGACGAGAGCGGCGGCACCGGACUCUGGCUGAAGAGCUCACCGGGGCGCCGGGCGCAGGACUACGGACUGAAAGAUGUGGAGUCUGGGCGGAAGACGAUGAACAACGCGGUGCGAGUCGGAGACGGGCUGCUCUCUCCCGCGGCGGCAGGUGCGGUGGGAGCGGAGCGGAGGAAGCAGGGCGCCCGGCUCAGCCUGCUGGGGAAGCCGCUGACCUACAGCGCGCAAAGCGGCCGCAGGAACGCGCGGUACCGCCGCCUGCAGAAUUACCUGUACAACGUGCUGGAGAGACCCAGGGAGUGGGCGUUCGUCUACCACGCUUUUGUGUUCAUCCUGGUGUUUGGAUGUCUGGUUCUCUCUGUGUUUUCCACCAUCCCUGCUCACCAGGACCUCUCCUCACACUGCCUGCUCAUCCUGGAGUUUGUGAUGAUCGUGGUGUUUGGUCUGGAGUACAUCAUCAGGAUAUGGAGUGCUGGCUGCUGCUGCCGCUACCGAGGCUGGCAGGGUCGCCUGCGCUUCGCCAGGAAACCGUUCUGUGUGAUCGACAUCAUCGUCCUCAUCGCCUCUGUUGCCGUGGUAUCAGCUGGUAGCCAGGGUAACAUCUUCGCCACCUCAGCGUUGCGUAGCCUCCGCUUCCUCCAGAUCCUGCGUAUGGUGCGCAUGGACCGCAGGGGGGGGACCUGGAAGUUGCUGGGAUCUGUAGUGUAUGCACAUAGUAAGGAGCUGGUGACGGCUUGGUACAUUGGGUUCCUAGUGCUAAUCUUCUCUUCCUUCCUGGUCUAUCUGGUGGAGAAGGAGUUCAACAAGGAGUUUGCCACCUAUGCUGAUGCUCUGUGGUGGGGCACGAUCACCUUGACAACCAUCGGCUACGGAGACAAGACACCCCAGACCUGGACGGGCCGAUUGCUGUCAGCCGGCUUCGCUCUGCUAGGGAUCUCCUUCUUCGCCCUGCCAGCUGGCAUCCUUGGAUCAGGUUUUGCACUGAAGGUGCAGGAGCAGCAUAGACAGAAGCACUUUGAGAAGAGGAGGAACCCAGCUGCAAGCCUUAUCCAGGCGGCUUGGCGUCUGUACUCCACCGACGGCGCCCGUCCCUACCUCAGAGCCACAUGGCACCACUACCAAAGCGCCCUCCCCCCCCUCAGUCAGAAGUUGAGUUUUAAGGAGCGUGUGCGGAUGGCGAGUCCUCGUGGUCAGAGCAUGAAGAGUCGACAGACGUCCGUCAAUGACCGCCAGCGCUGUUCCCCUGGCAACGAGGUGGUGGGAAGCACUGAGAUGACAGGCGGGAGCCCAGCAAAAGUACAGAAGAGCUGGAGCUUCAACGAUCGAACACGAUUUAGGCCGUCGCUGAGGCUAAAGAGCCAGCCGCGAACCGCUGCCCCUGAUGUGGACACAGGCAUGGGCACAGAGGAUUCCUUCGACGAGAGAGGAUGCCACUGCGAUGUUACCGUGGAGGACCUGUCUGCGGCGCUCAAGGCUGUCAUCAGGGCUGUCAGGAUCAUGAAAUUCCACGUGGCAAAGAAGAAGUUUAAGGAGACGUUGCGUCCGUAUGAUGUGAAGGAUGUCAUAGAGCAGUACUCUGCUGGGCAUUUGGACAUGCUCUGUCGCAUCAAGAGCCUUCAAACUAGACUAGACACCGUAGUUGGUCCCCCACAGAGGCCCUUCAACAGCCGCGUCAAGACCUUUUCCUCCCCCUCCCUGCAUUUAUAUUACAGCCAGGCCCGGAGAAAACACUCUGCGCCUGGACUGGCCAAUGCAGCAGGCUCUGGGCCCAGCCUGAGUAGCCGACCCAGGAACUUGUCCUCUCCUGCCCUGCAUUAUUAUUACAACCACAACAGGAGGAAGCUCUCUGGCCCAGGGGUGGACCAGAUCCUGGGAAAAGGCCAGAUCUCUGUGGAUAAGAAGAUGCGGGACAAACUGCACUCUGAUGGAGACUUGCUAGAGGACAUGAGCAUGCUGGGACGAGUGUGUAAGGUGGAAAGACAGGUGACCUCCAUAGAGUCAAAGCUUGACUCUUUGCUGGAGGUUUACCGCCACGUCCUACAGAAAGGUCCCUCCGCGCUCACGCUCUCCUCCCUGCCCCUUUUUGAGCUGGACAACCACCAGCGCCACAACUCCAACUACCAGAGCUCCAUCAUCGGCAGGGAUCUCUCAUGUUCCCCCCAAGGGGGCGAUCUGGUCAGUGGUGGAGGAGACAGUAAUGAUGAAGUUUCCCGAUCCCUCAGUGCCAACCUCCCCAGGGGCCUGCGGCUCAUCCUAGCUCCAGCUGACGAUGAUCUCCCCCCAGACUCAGCGCCCCCUUCUUACCCCCCGUCCACAGCCUCCCUCACCCCGUCGCCGCUGUUGCCCCCGGAUAGCCCCUACCCAACCCUGGUCACCCCCAACAGCACCUCUAAAAGAGCUCAAUUUCCUGAUUUUCCGCCACCACCUCCUUCAACAGGUGGUUUCACCCUCCAGCUGCCCCCCAUGCUGCACCCCUCACACCCCCGAUGCCCCGCUGACCCCGUUCCGGACUCCACGGCAGAUGGAGUGGUGGAGGAGGAGGGGAGCCUGGCUCCUUCUAUCGUUGUAGGAUCCAGUGUGGAUGUUGACCAAGGAGGGGACACUGAAGCCAGCCCCACGCAGGAAAGGGUACAGCUGCGGGGGAAGCCUGGCUUGAAAGAUGAGGGGGUGUGGAGGAGACAUAUGAGCCUGGAGGUUAACCCCCUGCUGCUGCUUUCAUCAAGCCCAGAUGGGAGGCCGUCACACUGGGGAGGCAGUCUCGGAAAAUCCCAUUCCGCACAUAACCUCAGCCAGUUAACAACAAACCGUGCCCCUCCACUCUCCUCCAUGCUCAGCAACAGCAACAGCAGCAACUGUAGUGACGGUUGCCGCAGCAAUGCCCACGGUAACCUUAGCAACUGGGAUGAAACAGAACUCUUCAUCGGUGAGGGCAAGCUAGAGGCAGAGGAAGAGCAUUUCAACUUCCUGUGUCAACCCACAACGGUUUCCAGCAGCCCCUCAGACUUCCUGCGGACUGUGGAGGAGGGAUCAGCCAGCAGUCAGACUGCACCGCACACCAAGGGCAGCGCAGAGUCACUCAGUCAGCCUCCACACAUACAGCUGACAUAG